AUGUCCCCCCACGCUGAGCACGAUAACGAGCAACCAAACGGAAACAUGAGUGACCAACAAGCUCCAAUUACCAAUGGCGAAACGCCCAGCUCCAGAGUGCUUUCGCAUCUCCACAGCUACCCAGUCGUCCAUGACUCCGUCGAGGGAUUCAAGCAGGACCCUCGCGGCUCCAGGGUCCUCGCCCUGGCCACCAACACUUACAAAAGCGUCGUCGCCCCAUUUACACCCUACCUCGCCACACCAUACUCAUAUCUUCACCCAUACUUGGAUCGCGCCGAUCAGAUAGGCGACAACACACUCUCCAAGAUCGAGACCAACUUCCCCAUUGUCAAGGAAGACACAUCCAAGGUCAAGGAGGUCGCUCUCUCUCCGUACACCUAUGUUGCAGGCACAUGGCAGGACGAGUACAAGAAGACUGCCCGCAAAGAUGGCCCCGUCAAGACUGGCAUCGUCCUCAUCAGCACCGAGUUGAAGAUUGUGCAGGAUGCCUGUCAGGUGUUCUUGGACUACUGGUACAAGACCGGGCAUGCGGUCAGCAAAAAGGCCGAGGAGAUCGACGCUAAUGUGCGUCGUGCUCGCGGUUGGAGAUACCGCGCAGUGCCAUAUCCUCCCCCUGCCCCCAUUUCACAUACCUUACCGACCAUAGCUGAAGAGGAGGACGAGGACGAGGAGGAAGAAGAAGAUAAAGAAGAAGAUGGGGGGAGGGUUGGGGAGCACAAUUUACUACUCUAUUCAUCAUCCGACAGAUCGAGUACCGAAGAUCAGAGCAUAGACGGCGACGCUAAUGGCCGUCGAGAUUCCAUCACCAAGAUUGUGGACGCCAUCUUUAGUCUGCCUGGCAUUGUUCUCUUCUUGCAGCAAAAGGCUGAGGAAGAGGUUCGUAGGGAAGUUGAAAAUGGGCUCGAUUCUCCGCCAAGAAUCAUUUACGAGCCGGACCGCACUUUGCACUUUGUCGGCUUCACUAAUCCCUCUGUAAUCCAUCACUAG